ACACCGACAAAGAGUAUCUACAAUCUUUUGGAAUUUGCUUCUGUCAGAUACAAAUUCUGUAAUCUCACGCAAGUUUGAAUUAAUUCUAAAGUUUAUUUGAUACCUACCGAAUUUACUAAAUACUAAAUAAAUUCCGCCAUGGCUUCCGUUCUUGCACCCGAGAUACCCGCACCUGGGUUUUCUUUCGAAAAUUGCCAACGCAACGCUUUUCUUGAUCAAAAAGGCUUCCCCGCACCCAAAGCGACAAAGACCGGUACCACCAUCGUGGGUAUAAUUUAUGCUGAUGGAGUCAUACUGGGCGCUGAUACACGGGCCACCGAAAACACCGUGGUGUCUGAUAAAAACUGCCAGAAGAUACAUUAUUUGGCGGGCAAUAUGUACUGUUGCGGGGCAGGAACAGCUGCUGAUACAGAAAUGACUACUCAAACGGUUGCAUCUCAGUUGGAACUUCAACGUCUGCAUACAGGUCGCACAGUGCCAGUAGAAACGGCUGCAACAUUAUUGAAGCGCAUGUUAUUCCGGUACCAAGGUCAUAUUGGUGCUGCUCUAGUACUGGGCGGUGUGGAUCGUUCUGGACCCCAUAUUUACUGCAUUUACCCUCAUGGAUCAGUUGAUAAACUACCUUAUGCAACAAUGGGUUCUGGUUCUCUUGCUGCAAUGGCAGUUUUUGAAGCACGUUGGAAACCAGAUAUGAGUGAGGAAGAGGGCAAGAAACUUGUGCGUGAUGCCAUAGCUGCUGGUAUCUUCAAUGACCUGGGAUCUGGUUCCAAUGUGGAUUUAUGUGUUAUCCGUACCACUGGCCCAGCCCAGUAUCUUAGGACAUAUGAAGAAGCUAAUGUUAAGGGCAAGAAACAAGGCUCAUACAGAUAUCCCUUAGGAACCACUGCAGUGUUGAGACAGCGUAUCAUUCCACUGGAAGUUGAGGCGGUGUCAGUGAGACAGGUGCAGCCAAUGGAUGAAUAAGAGUCCACCUUAAGCCGCUGAUGUUUUGUUCCACUAUGUAUUAAUAAAAAGUUUUAUUAAAUGAAUGAACACUU